UAUAUAUUUUUAUAUUGUUUCUAUACAUAUUUAAUAUGUAUUGUUAUUUGUUAUAUUCAUCAAUCGGAUAUAAUCCUUCAUUUACAAUUGCAUAAUCUCCGAAUCUUCAUCGUCAAACAGUUAAUUAAAACAAACAAUUAGUCCUGCUAAACAUCAUAAUUCAUAAACCAAAUCUCAAACAAACAAUAAAUGGAUUCCGAAAACCAACAAGUAGUACUAAUCACAGGAUGCUCAGAUGGGGGCAUUGGAAAUGCGCUUGCAAGAGCUUUUGCUGCAGAAAAAUGUCAGGUUGUAGCAACCAGCAGAUCUCUGUCAACAAUGUCUUCUUUGCAGCAAGAUUCUCGCUUCAUGGUAAAAGAAAUGGAUGUAUUGUCUGAUGAAAGCGUAAACACUGUAAUAAACAGCGUUUUGGAGGAAUUUGGGAGGAUUGAUAUACUUGUAAAUAAUGCUGGUGUUCAAUGUGUUGGCCCUCUUGCUGAAAUCCCUCUUUCUUCUUUCAAACACACUUUUGAUACUAAUGUUUAUGGUGCCAUGCGAUUGAUUCAAUCUGUGGUUCCGCACAUGGCGUUGAGAAAAAAGGGAAAGAUUGUAAAUGUUGGGAGUGUAACUGUUUUAGCACCUUUACCAUGGGCUGGUACUUAUACCGCAUCAAAAGCGGCUAUACAUGCUCUAUCGGACUCUUUAAGGUUAGAACUUCGGCUAUUAGGUAUUGAUGUUAUCACUGUUGUACCUGGUGCCAUCAAAUCAAACUUAGGAGAUGCUGCCGUUGCUACCUUCAACCGCAUGCCAGAGUGGAAGUUAUACAAGCAAUACGAAGAGGCUAUGCGCGAUAGAGCUACCAUUUCUCAAGGUCCUAAGUCGACUCCUGCAGAAGAGUUUGCAAAGAAAACAGUAACUGUCAUACUAAAGAAAAACUCGCCUGCUUGGUUCUCUUAUGGUCAUCAGUCCAUGGUGAUGAGAAUCAUGUAUUAUUUACCCAUCUUCGUGCGAGAUUUCAUCCUAUGGCUUGUCCUGAAAUGUUAAUAAUUUAUCAGAUUAUUGUAUAACAGUUGUUUGGAGGCUAGAAUCGACUUAAGUAAAGCAAAAUCAAUACUUCAUAUGAUUAUAAUAGAAUCAAAAUUGAACCGAGCAACUGAACAACUUCACCUUAUUUGCAUAUGAACAUUUUCUAAUUCAGAUUCCUAGCAAUGUGAGAUUCACAAUAUGGUUUUCUAUUAUAACGGAAUAUAGAGUAAGUGCUCAUCAAAGUAACUUGUAUAACAGCAUCAGUUUUUACAGUAUUUGCCUUGCUACCCUGAUUACCUUCCUUCUUCCAAAUCUAGAUGGCUACCCAUAUAUCUUCCAACACCUGUCUAUAGUGUCACCAUUCAACUUAUGGUGUUCACAGAGUUGGAAGGAUUCUCGCAUUUGUUAUCAUAUUAAAGCACAUCCAUUUUCU